GAGAGUAGUACCGUAUUUUUGUUGUGUCGAUCGUGUGUCUUUAUGUAUGGCAUUGGCGCCCAAGCAAGCGUUUAAAUGGAGUGCUGAUGCAAGGAACGGGGAGAUUUAUCCAGCGACAGUUCUGCUUUCUGGUCGAUGGCGACGAUUCACACGUACACAAUUUCGCACGAAGCUUCAUUAAAGUCUCCCUUGCGCUGGCAGAGAGGUCGAACCUCAGAACGAGAAGCUGUUUUCAUAUUCAUUAUUAUUGUCGCUUUCAGCAGAGUAUACAGAUGAACCAGCGAUGGAGCUUGCAUGGAUACCAGUCCACCUAAACUAAACAGACCAGUAUGACUCCCCCUGCCCUUGGUGCUGAGUUGCGCCCCCUCUCUGAGCUGUGGUGAGACGCACAGACACGCGUGGUGAUGCGGCUCUCGGCCCGGCGGGCGGCAUGGGGCCUCCUGUGCCUGGUGGGAGCCUGCGGCCUGGUGCGGCUGUGCCAGCGGGCGCUGGAGUGCCCGGGCAGGGGCCGGAGCGGGCGGGGAGUGUCGGUGCUGGUGAGGGACUGGCGGCAGACGGAGUACCGCUACGGGCAGGACACGCCGCUGGUGUUCGUGGGGGGCGUCCCGCGGUCGGGGACCACGCUGAUGCGGGCCAUGCUGGAUGCCCACCCGGAAAUCCGCUGCGGGGAGGAGACCAGGGUGAUCCCGCGCCUCCUGGCCCUGCGGCAGGCCUGGGGGAGGUCCGGGCAGGAGCGCCAGCGGCUGGAGGAGGCGGGGGUCAGCCAGGAGGUGCUGGACUCGGCCGUCUCCGCCUUCCUGCUGGAGAUCAUCGCCCGGCACGGAGAGCCUGCCCCCCUGCUCUGCAACAAGGACCCCUUCACCCUCAAGAGCGCCCACUACCUGUCCCAGAUCUUCCCCAACUCCAAGUUCCUGCUGAUGUUGCGUGACGGCCGAGCGGCGGUGCACUCCAUGAUCUCCCGCCGCGUGACCAUCGCAGGGUUCGACCUGUCCAGCUACCGGGAUUGCCUGACCAAGUGGAGCCGGGCGGUGGAGGCCAUGCUGGCGCAGUGUGUGCAGGUUGGCGCAGGCCGCUGCCUGACGGUGCGCUACGAGAGCCUGGUGCUGCAGCCCCGCGCCACCCUGCAGGUGGUGCUGCACUUCCUGGACAUGCCCUGGCACGAGGGAGUGCUCCACCACGAGGACGCCAUUGGACAGCCCGGAGGGGUAUCCCUGUCCCGGAUUGAGCGCUCCACAGAUCAGGUGAUCAAGCCUGUGAAUCUGGAAGCUCUGACUCGCUGGGUGGGCCACAUUCCUGCCGACGUCCUGGCAGACAUGGCUGAGAUUGCCCCGAUGCUGAGCCGGCUGGGUUACGACCCGCACGCAAACCCGCCCCAAUACGGCCAGCCAGACCCUGCAGUAGUCAACAACACCGAGAGGGUAUUGAAAGGAGACUUCAAAACCCCAGCUAAUUUGAAAGGACAGCCACCAGUGUUCAUCAAUGGCUCCGAUACAGAGGGGUGAACAGAUCAUGGCAGGUCAGUGCCUCCAAAACGGAUCUACAUCCUAGCCUGGAUCGUUCCACCUCGGAGGGGUGCACGCCAGCAGUCCCAAUGCCAGGAAACCUGCCUAACAGCCUCCUAGCGCAGGAGGCCACCCCAGUUGUGGUGCUAAAGGGUGGAAUGUUCUGGAGACUAUUCUUGUUUUUAUAUUUGUGUCAUUUAGGGUGAUUUCUUCAACAAGUCUCGUAACUUAAUCUCCCACCCCUUUUACAUUCGUGUUCUGCUUGCCAAUCUAUUGUUGUAAGGCAUGUGUGCCACUCUUCUUUGUAAUUAAUAUUGGUGGUUUAAUAGAAGAGAGCUGACUACUACACUGAGGCAUAUGCACAAGACUGUUGAGUUUUGGACUGCAUCUCGGUAUAGGCUUAACUAACUCUGAUUGCUAAAAUCAGCUGGACUCACCCCCCACAUCCCUUUGGCACCUCUUCACGCUACCCACUCCUCAGCAAGCAUCCUUCCUUUCACCCCAAAACAUCCCCCCUCUGUGCUGUCCAUCAUUACUCUAUCCAUUAGAUCCUGGAGUAAAAUAUGGAGUCUGUGUGCGAGUGGGUCGAGCUUAGUGACUACUGUCAUUGUUACACUCUGAAAGUGACAACGUUUGACAUGCUACAUGCCUGAAAAUGUGCGUGCCUUGACGAGCUAUUGCCGUGGAUGGAAACAUGCACUAAAUUGCAGCCCGCUCCUCCCAAUUUCACAAGGGAAACUGGGCUCUGGAACAAUGGCUCUGUGUUGGUCCGAAUGCUUCUUCAUUUUUUGUGAGCUUUGUCAUGCAGUUCCUGUCUGGUCAAUUUUUAAAAAAGAACAAGCUAUCCAGGAAAGCACUGGGGAUCCAUUUCUCUUUUUUUAUUACCAGUAAUAACCCCUAAAAAAGCAAACACAACAAAAUGUUUUUGUUUGGAGAUGGAGCUUAAUCAUUUGCUAAACAAUGUCCGUGUGGGGUAAUGCUUUGUGAAAUAUGGCAAUAUGUGGUACAUUUGCGUACACAUUUAUGUAGAUUACUUCUUGAGAGACAUUCUUUAAAAAAAAAAAAAAAAACAGUCCAGAAUUCAAAGAUGAAAACCUGACAUCCUUCCUAUUUCAGUGGAAGAACAUGUUUUUUGUCAUUAGAAUAUGAUGUAUUGAUGUCUCCCAUCAUGUGAAUAAUUCUCUGUAAUGGGUGUGUAAUUGUGGACUGUUUUUGGGAGUGCUUUUUUCCAUUAUGAAAGAAAAAUAUCAGAGCAGCCUAUGAUUGCUGUACUCAUUCAACAGCUGGACAGUGUGGACCAGUCAUUUUUAACAUUCCUCAUGAAGAAGAGGAAAGGCACCAAUUUGGAUUUUAGUUUACUGUUGUUUCUCUUGAAGUAAACUGCACAGUUUAGUUCUUUUUUGUAUUUCUUCCUUCGCAACAAAAGCAAUAGUGGAAACGAACAGCUUACUUUGAUUUACGCCCCACUUGCACUAGUCCGCAUUUUUAAGGAUUUUACACCCCCCCCCCUUCCAUUUUUACUUUUUCCCGCCCAAUGUGAAAUGCCCAAUCAUACUUUGUAUGCUUCCCAUUCCUGUAACAUUACCCAUUCAUUUUUGAACUGCGUUAACUUGCACCUAUGUUGUUUGAAUUAGUCCACAGCCAUUUUGCUGGAGCUCUACACUACUUGUGAAACUAGCACAGGUAGACCGUAGGCAUCCAAGUUGCUUUUGCGCAAUGAGGCAGAGAACUCUGCCUGACGUACACUUUAUCUGGAUAAUGUUAUGGCCAGUCAUGUACCAUCCUAUGGAUGGUGCUCAUAAUGUGUGCUGUAAUUGGACCUGAUAGCCCUCUACAUGAAAUAUUUUCUUUGGUAGUGGGGAUGGAUUUGGGGGGCAUAACUACUUGACUGGCCUGUGAAACCAUUUUUAUGGUUUUAAACUCAAGUUUAUCCCUCCACAAAAUCACAAAUGCCAGCUUGGCCAUCCUUGGACCUACAGAAACAAAAGGAUGGCUGGAUUAAACGCACAAGAAGAGUGUGUGUGUUUAUGAGAGAUGGAGAGCGAGAGCACGCGCAUGCGUGGGGUGAAAGCACUUAUCAGGUCUUGAUACAUUCUUCUGUUUACUUGGACUCGCUCACAGGUUCACUUGUGAUACAUUCAUUAAAGUGAUUUUUUUAAAUGUGAAA